AUGUCACCCGCGCUCCAAGACCUGUCGCAACCCGCAGGUCUGAAGAAAACCCUGUGGAAGGAGAUUGAUGCCAUUCUGCAGAAGAGGAUUAUGGUGCUGGAUGGAGGCAUGGGGACCAUGAUCCAGCGGCACAAGCUAAAUGAAGAGGACUUCCGAGGUCCAGAAUUUCAAGAUCAUGCCAGGCCGCUGAAAGGCAACAAUGACAUUUUAAGUAUAACUCAGCCCGAUGUCAUUUACCAAAUCCAUAAGGAAUACUUGCUGGCUGGCGCAGAUAUUAUUGAAACAAAUACUUUUAGCAGCACUAGUAUUGCCCAAGCUGACUAUGGCCUUGAACACUUGGCCUACCGGAUGAACAAGUGCUCUGCAGGAGUGGCCAGAAAAGCUGCCGAGGAGAUAACUCUCCAGACAGGAAUUAAGAGGUUUGUGGCAGGAGCUCUGGGUCCGACUAAUAAGACACUCUCCGUGUCCCCAUCUGUGGAAAGACCGGAUUAUAGGAACAUCACAUUUGAUGAGCUUGUUGGAGCAUACCAAGAGCAAGCCAGAGGACUUCUGGAUGGCGGGGUUGAUAUUUUACUCAUUGAAACUGUUUUUGAUACUGCCAAUGCCAAGGCAGCCUUGUUUGCACUCCAAAAACUUUUUGAGGAGACAUAUGCUCCCCGGCCUAUCUUUAUUUCAGGGACGAUUGUUGAUAAAAGUGGCCGGACUCUUUCUGGACAGACAGGAGAGGCAUUCGUCAUCAGUGUGUCUCAUGCAGACCCGCUCUGCAUUGGAUUAAAUUGUGCUUUGGGUGCAGCUGAAAUGAGACCUUUUAUUGAAAUAAUUGGAAAAUGUACAACAGCCUAUGUCCUCUGUUAUCCCAAUGCAGGUCUUCCCAACACCUUUGGUGACUAUGAUGAAACACCCUCUAUGAUGGCCAAGCACCUAAAGGAUUUUGCUAUGGAUGGCUUGGUCAAUAUAGUUGGAGGAUGCUGUGGUUCAACACCAGAUCAUAUCAGGGAAAUUGCUGAAGCUGUGAAAAAUUGCAAGCCUAGAGUUCCACCUGACACUGUUUUUGAAGGACAUAUGUUACUGUCUGGUCUAGAACCCUUCAGGAUUGGACAGUACACCAACUUUGUUAACAUCGGAGAGCGCUGUAAUGUUGCAGGAUCAAGGAAGUUUGCUAAACUCAUCAUGGCAGGAAACUAUGAAGAAGCCUUGUGUGUUGCCAAAGUGCAGGUGGAAAUGGGAGCCCAGGUGCUGGAUAUCAACAUGGAUGAUGGCAUGCUAGAUGGUCCAAGUGCAAUGACCCGAUUUUGCAACUUAAUUGCUUCCGAGCCAGACAUUGCAAAGGUACCCUUGUGCAUUGACUCUUCCAAUUUUGCUGUGAUUGAAGCUGGGUUAAAGUGCUGCCAAGGGAAGUGCAUUGUCAACAGUAUUAGUCUGAAGGAAGGAGAGGAGGACUUCUUGGAAAAGGCCAGGAAGAUUAAAAAGUUUGGAGCUGCUGUAGUGGUCAUGGCUUUUGAUGAAGAAGGACAGGCAACAGAAACAGACACCAAAAUCAGAAUAUGCACCCGGGCCUAUCAUCUGCUUGUGAAAAAACUGGGCUUUAAUCCGAAUGACAUCAUUUUUGACCCAAAUAUCCUAACCAUUGGUACUGGGAUGGAAGAACACAACUUGUAUGCCAUUAAUUUUAUCCAGGCAACAAAAGUCAUUAAAGAAACAUUACCUGGAGCCAGAAUAAGUGGAGGUCUUUCCAAUUUAUCAUUCUCCUUCCGAGGAAUGGAUGCCAUUCGAGAAGCAAUGCAUGGGGUUUUCCUUUACCAUGCAAUCAAGUUUGGCAUGGACAUGGGGAUAGUGAAUGCCGGAAACCUCCCUGUGUAUAAUGAUAUCCAUAAGGAACUUCUGCAGCUGUGUGAAGAUCUCAUCUGGAAUAAAGACCCUGAGGCCACUGAGAAGCUGUUAAGAUAUGCCCAGACUCAUGGCCAAGGAGGGAAGAAGGUUAUUCAGACUGAUGAGUGGAGAAAUGGCCCUGUUGAAGAACGUCUUGAGUAUGCCCUUGUGAAGGGCAUUGAAAAACACAUUAUUGAGGAUACUGAGGAAGCAAGGUUAAACCAAGAAAAAUAUCCCCGACCUCUCAAUAUAAUUGAAGGACCCUUGAUGAAUGGAAUGAAAAUUGUUGGUGAUCUUUUUGGAGCUGGAAAAAUGUUUCUACCUCAGGUUAUAAAGUCAGCGCGGGUUAUGAAGAAGGCUGUUGGCCACCUUAUCCCUUUUAUGGAAAAAGAAAGAGAAGAAACCAGAGUGCUUAACAGCACAGUAGAAGAAGAGGACCCUUACCAGGGCACCAUCGUGUUGGCCACUGUUAAAGGCGAUGUGCACGACAUUGGCAAGAACAUAGUUGGAGUAGUCCUUGGCUGCAAUAAUUUCCGAGUUAUUGAUUUAGGAGUCAUGACUCCAUGUGAUAAGAUACUGAAAGCUGCUCUUGACCACAAAGCAGAUAUAAUUGGCCUGUCAGGACUUAUCACUCCUUCCCUGGAUGAAAUGAUUUUUGUUGCCAAGGAAAUGGAGAGAUUAGCUAUAAAGAUUCCAUUGUUGAUUGGAGGAGCAACCACUUCAAGAACCCACACAGCAGUUAAAAUAGCUCCAAGAUACAGUGCACCUGUAAUCCAUGUGCUGGACGCAUCCAAGAGUGUGGUGGUGUGUUCUCAACUGUUAGAUGAAAAUCUAAAGGAUGAAUACUUUGAGGAAAUCAUGGAAGAAUAUGAAGAUAUUAGACAGGACCAUUAUGAGUCUCUCAAGGACAGGAGAUACUUACCGUUAAGUCAAGCCAGAAAAAGUGGUUUCCGAAUGGAUUGGCUGUCUGAACCUCACCCAGUGAAGCCCACCUUUAUUGGGACCCAGGUCUUUGAAGACUAUGACCUGCAGAAGCUGGUGGACUACAUUGACUGGAAGCCUUUCUUUGAUGUCUGGCAGCUCCGGGGCAAGUACCCGAAUCGAGGCUUUCCCAAGAUAUUUAACGACAAAACAGUAGGUGAAGAGGCCAAAAAGGUCUACGACGAUGCCCGAGAUAUGCUGAACACACUGAUUAGUCAAAAGAAACUCCAAGCCAGGGGAGUGGUUGGGUUCUGGCCAGCACAGAGUGUCCAAGACGACAUUCACCUGUACGCAGAGGGUGCCGUGCCCCAGGCUACAGAGCCCAUAGCCACCUUCUAUGGGUUAAGGCAACAGGCCGAGAAGGACUCUGCCAGCACGGAGCCGUACUACUGCCUCUCGGACUUCAUCGCUCCUCUGCAUUCUGGCAUCCGUGACUACCUGGGCCUGUUUGCUGUUGCCUGCUUUGGGGUGGAAGAGCUGAGCAAGGCCUAUGAGGAUGACAGUGACGACUACAGCAGCAUCAUGGUCAAGGCACUGGGGGACCGGCUGGCAGAGGCCUUUGCAGAAGAGCUGCAUGAAAGAGUGCGCCGAGAACUGUGGGCCUACUGUGGCAGUGAGCAGCUGGACGUUGCAGACCUGCGCAGGCUGCGGUAUGAGGGCAUCCGCCCAGCUCCCGGCUACCCCAGCCAGCCUGACCACACCGAGAAGCUCACCAUGUGGAGACUCGCGGACAUCGAGCAGUCUACAGGCAUUAGGUUAACAGAAUCAUUAGCAAUGGCACCUGCUGCAGCAGUCUCAGGCCUCUACUUCUCCAAUUUGAAGUCCAAAUAUUUUGCUGUGGGGAAGAUAUCCAAGGAUCAGGAAAUACAACCUAAAGUGCCUUAAAAAUAACAACAGAAAGCCUGUGUGCAUCUGGCUGACACUGCCUCUUAGAAGAAAAGCCUGAAACUCAGUUGAAUAGGGAAGUGUGAUCCUGUGGCAAGAUGAUAGUGUGAGAAAUGGGGCAUUUUAAUCUAAGCAGUUACAACACUGGGUUCUGACGGGGAAGGAAGCGUAGCUCUGCUCCCUCUUUGGAAGACCUCAUUUUCUAAAGGCUGGAUUAAAUGGCUGCAGAACUCCCUUUGGCAAAAGCCAUGCUCUCGCUGCUUGCUUGUCAGAAACACUCAAGCCGUUUGCCCCAGUGUGGUCAGUAGUCAUGCUCUCUGAGCAUUUUUGUCCUCCCAUAAUUUCACAUUUUGGUGCCCCUGAGGAAACACAAAGGAAAUGGGGAGAGAAAGUUACUGCUAAGGGUGGUUAACAUCUUUUAGUUGUUUUCAGGAUUAAGCAGGAUCUCAGCUGGGCUCUGAUACCCUGUGCAGAGUUGGCAGGUGGGCAGCAUAAUGUCACUCAUUUCUUACCAUCUUAUUCCCCUCCAAUUCUCAAUAUAUUCAAUAAUGAAGAAUGCUGCCGCCACUCAAGCAACAAGCCUCAAAUUCACCCGUGUCAUCUUUUUCUUGGAUGAUUGCGUUAUCUCAAAAAUGUGCAUGCAAUUAUACACUCAGAUGGUGGUAUAUACACAAGAUGGUGGUGGAAAUAUUCAGGAGAAGGUCGCGUUGAGUCCUGAUUUGAGAUUUGAAGGAUGAAGACCAAGAAGCAAGGGAGGAACAAAUGAAGAACUGUCUUUGCUCAUGAAUAGGAAUAGUAAAGAUUAUAAAGGUAUCAGAUCUCCCCAAAUGGAUCUAUGGAUUCAAUACCAUUUUCAGUGGAAAUUUCAACCGAGAUUUUAUUGAGUGAAACAAGCAGGUGUUUAAAUUUAUAUGGAAUAGCAAAGGACUUAAAAUUACCAAAUGCUUCUACAUAUAAAGGAGGGGUUGAGAAGACACACCCCAUAUGAUACAAUUGUUUGUUUUUGGUUUUUUUGAGAUGGAGCUUCACUCUUGUCACCCAGGCUGGAGUCCAAUGGUGCAGUCUCGGCUCAGUGCAGCCUCUGCCUCCUGGGUUCAGGCAGUCUCCUGCCUCAGCCUCCCGAGUAGCUGGGAUUACAGGUGCACGCCACCACGCCUGGUUAAUGUGGUGCAGAGGUAGGCAUUAUGAGCAGGGAAACAAAAUAAAGGCCCAGAAACUCACCCAUGCGUAUGUUGACCUUUGUGAAAUGACCUGGUGGCAGGGAGGUCAGUGGGGACAGGAAGGACCACUCCCUAAGUAGUCCCAGAACAGUGGCUAUUCAUGUGGGAAAAAAAAAAAAAAUUUGAAUUCCUCGCACCCUACCCAAUGAUAAGUUCCAAAUAUGUUAAGGGCUUCCAUACAGAAAGCAAAAAUUGUCACUGUUUGGAUGAAAAAGGCUUAGUGCAGGAAAGAAUCUCUUGAGACAUAACAUAGUUAUCAUAAAUGAUAAGAUGGUUAAGUAAACUCUGUUAAAACUAAAGCUUAUAUUAAGAAAACAUUUAAGUGAGAAGAUGAGCCACAACUUGAGAAGACAUUUAUAAUACAAAUAACUGACAAAGGAUUCAUAAUCACAAAUAUAGAGAAUUCCUGUUUAAAAAAAACUCAAUAGAAAAAUAGAGAAGACUUGAAAAGGCAUUUCACACAAGAGGAAAUAUGUAGGGCUUUUAAAUAAAUAGAAAGAUGUUCUUUAGCAUUGCCGACCAGAGAAAUAUGAAUUCGGACCACAAUGAGAUUCCAUUUUAUAUCCAUAAGAUUUGCAAAAGUUGGGUCUCGGUACCAGUUGUUAGAUCUAUAGGGACUUGUGGAUGUGUGAACAGGCACCACUGCUUUAAAAAAACGGUUAUACCUCACAGACUUGAACAUUUGAAGACCUUAUGAUCUUGCUUCCAACUCCCACCUGUAUGUCCAACAAACUCUUGCAUGUGGCCACUAGGAGGAAUGUGUAAGAAUGUUCAUCGUAACGUAUUUAUAAUAAUAACUGGAAAAGGUGAAAUGUAUGUCUGUCUACAGGAGAAUAGGUGAAUAGUUAGAUAUGUGUAUUCACCCUACUGGAUAUUAUUCAGUAAUAAAAAUGAGUGAACUACAGCUAUACCUCGCAAUAAGAAUGAAUCUCAGAAAAUAUUAAGGAAAGCUCAAAA